AUGUUAUCGGCACCGGACUUCUUCGAAAACAUCGAAAGCCCCACGUUGACACGGCUACUGGCUCAAGUCGUCGUUGGUUUAUACAGCGAGGAAGUAGACAAGUUGCGCAAAGGAAAGACCACAACUGACAAAAUCUCAACGCCUGAACAUAGUGAGCCUCCAGGUUCCUAUUCGCCCGAUCUGAGCCAGGAUCCGAGUAACAGAACUGAGGCUACUGCGCCUGCAGCCUUAUCUUCAUGCAACAGGGAAGAGACGAUGGAGAGUGAGAGAAGGAUGAAGGAAGACGCCGUCGUGAAAGAGAGAGAGAAUGUCGAAGCAAGGGUACGGGAGGAAGCGUUAGCUAAGAUCCAGCAGCUUGGAGCAGAGAGAGAAAACAUUGCGCAACUUCAAGAAAAAGACUUUGCCGUUGCAAGGUCGGUUGCUACCAAAGAUGAAGCAGAUAUAUUUAAGCUUGAGUCGACGUGGGAUAGCUGGGGUGGCGUGCCUGUCAUCUCCGAAAAGAGAAAGAAAGUGAAGAAAGGCCAUACGGCGGGGUUGCCUCCUCCACCUCCGUCUUCACCUCCGUCUCCACCUCCACCUCCGAUGAGUCCAUCUCCUCCGUCGUCGCCACCCGAUAUUCAGCUCGAAGACAAGCGUGAAGAAGAAGAGCGUCUUGAGUGCGAAGGUGAAGAACGCCUAGAACAGAAACGCCUUGAGCGUGAAGAGCAGGAACGCAUCGCGGCGGAAGAAGAACGAGCGCGUAUUGAAGCUGAAAAAGUUAAGGCAGCACGGAUAGCGGCGGAAGAGGAACCUGCCGCCACUGCUGCUGAAGCUGAGACGAGCAGGAAGAAAGAAGACGACAUCUGGGGCGAUUGGAGCGCACUUUCGGCCGGUAAAAUGAAGAAGAAGGGCAAAAAGGGGAAGACGGCCGAGCCUGUACCCCCACCCGCGCCCUCUCCAGAUCCUCUAGCGAGACCACCAACAACAUUCGACGACAUCAAUCUGAACGAAGCAAGUGCACCAAAGAUUGACAUGAAUUUUGGUGACACGGGCGCAACUAAACCUAGAUUUGGGCUUCCUAGACUUGGGAAUUGGCCUUCUAGUUGGGGCCCGUUGAAUAGGAACACGAAUGCAGAAGACGAUAACCCCUGGGGUUCCUCAGAUAAGAAGAAGAAGGAUGAUAGAUUCGACUUCAACUUUGAUGCGUUCAAGAACCCGCCAGCUGAGGAGAAGCCAGCUGAAGAUGACGGACGGGGAGGCUUAGGUGCUACAAUGAAGGCCAAGAAGAAGACCAAGAAAGGGACUUUGAUUGAAGACAGUGUACCAGCAAUUCCUCCUUCACCGCCAGAACCUGAGAAGAAAGAAGAGGACGACUCAUGGGGAGCACUCAGCUUUGGCGGCACCGCAAAGAACAGAAAGAAAAAGAAGAAGAAGGGCGUACUUGGGGAAGAGCUCCCGCCACCUGAGCCAGAGCCAGAGCCAGUCGUCGACGAGCCCUCACCUGUCAAAGAGGAGUAUCCAUGGGGUGGUGGAUGGGGAGCGGCUGCUGCUGGCACUAAGAAGAAGAACGGUAAGAAGGGAGAACUAGAACUGGAGCUUGAACUUGUACCUGUACCAGGACCCGAACCCGGACCUGAACUUCCGAAGGUGGAGAUGGAUCCUUAUACGGGGCUUAGUAAGUCACAUGCGAAGGAGCUAAAGGUCAAGUUGGACAAAGAGGCUGCUGAGAUCAGACGGCAGGAGGAAGAAGAGGCAGAACAGAUAAGUGUGGAAGAGAAGAAAGCCGCCGCCGCUGCUGAAGCCGGUGUGAGCUCCUUCGAUCUAGCGAUCGAGACGGGCGCUACGUCUAAGGACGACGGCUGUGAAUUGCGUUCGGACCAUCUGUCUCGCCAUGAUGGAUGGCAGGACUGUAAGCCAUGCGAGCUGUAUAUGCGAAAGAUCGCUCUCAAGCUUUCUUCAAUGGGGCUACUAAACGUAAAUGGGUUCAGCACGACCGAUGGCGCAGGAUGGCUGAUCCCCGGCCCUGACAAUGCCAGCGUCUGCAAGCCUGUCUUCAUUGCCCACUCGGCCCUCUCGGCGAUCUGGCUGCUGCGCGAGACGCUUGCCGACAAUACGCCCUCCAACGACGGCUGGGACCGUCUCGUCUGCGCGGCCCAAUCGCUCGCAGAGGAGGGCAUGGUUGAGCCGCCGUCUGCGCAGAAGCCGCCUGCCUCUCCCCUGGCUCGGCGCGAGAAGCGACCAGCACCGUCUGCGCAGGCGUCGUCACCGAAGCGCGCUCGCACGGAAGCAAGCCAUCAGCCAGAGGAGCCGGCUAGUGAGGUGGAAGCGCAGCCAGAUGCGCAGCCGGUGGACGAGCAGCGCGUUCUCACCACAGUCACCAACAACAACCGCCGCGCCGAGCGGCAACGCAUCAAAGCCUAUGAGGCUGCCCAGGUGGAGCGCAGCCUUGACCUUGGUCUUGUGGCGCCAGACGAGAAGGCAGUCGACGAUGAGCGCGGCGCCUACGCUGCUGUGCCAGUUCAAGACAAAGACGUUAUAGCCUGGCUCUUCAAACAGGCCGCUGUCGACAGGCACCAGAAGAAGACCGACUUCUACAACGCUGUCAAGUCGCCCUAUCUCACGGCGCGCGACUUCUUGGCCAAGGCACGCGCGCUCGGAAGCCCGUCGUCUCAGGAGCACGCUGCUCACUUCCUGCAGAUCUGGCGAAAGCAGGGCAAGCUCUUCGGCGAUGGCUCGCCUGAGGGCUUCUCUUCGCAUGCGCUGCGUGAGCAUGAGCCCUCAAUUCGUCCCUCCGAGCCGACCGGCUUAGAUGGCGUGUUCUGCCGUGCUUGGGACCGCUGCACGGUCUACGAAGAAGUAGUCAAAUCAGUGCACAUCAAGUACAGGUGGGCGCAGGCGCUCCUAGGCAAGGCUAUGAACGACAAGCUCGAGCAGCUCAAGCGCAGCGACAGGCUACUUAGCCACAGCAAGACAAGCCGUUUUGGCAAGGGUCAACGCCGGACCGAGGCUAUAGACACGCUGAUGCCGCUGGUGUUCCUCAAGCAGAAUCCGUCCAAGAGCGAGCGGGAUCUCUUUCGAAACCGCCUGGCCAAAGCAGUCAAGUGGUACAGGAUCGCUGAAGGCUUGGGCUGGGGCGUGUUGCUGGUCAUGCCAGAAGACGUGCUACCUAAGACUUGGAUUGAGCAGACCAUCCGCUCCUGGGGCGUCGACGUCUUCAUCAAGCUGCUCCAGCGGGAGCGUCCGGAUGUCUGCCUUGCGGCCAAGCAGUUCGACGAGUGGUUGGGCCCAGAGGGCAUCGCAGGCGGCGAUAUCAAAGGGAAGAAAACGCUAAGCAUUGAGCUAAACGCUCCAGGCACAACGCACAGGGUGGAAGAGAUUGAGGAUAGCGACGACGACGGCGAUGUCGAAGACGACGACGAUGACAACAAUGAGCGGGUUGAGAUUAUGCAGUCGCAGGCCCGCUCAAACAGCGCGCCUGCUGCUUCGUUGCGCCAGACGACGCUGCCUGAGCUGUUUAAAGCUGUAGCGUGA